UUAUUUUUAUUCCCGUCGUAGGCGAAGAUGGCUGAUCCGGCCGCCCAGUCCCCGUUUAUUUCUUCUUCUGCCGGAGGUGGCUCUUCCGAGUCGGGAGAACGAGACCUGAAGGGGGCAGGUUCCCCCCAAUCUUGCGCUGAUUCCUUUGUUUCUUCCUCUCAGCCUGUCUCUCUCUUUUCGACCUCACAAGCUGGAGUUUAUUUAACACAUUCUGGAAAUCAGAGGGAAGCCAACAGCAAAUCUACCCUCUCCGAAGACCAACGGGAAGCCUUGGAAGGACCAAAACAAGGGACCAAUGAUGGUUCAAGAAUAGAGACCGUUUCCGUAGGAUCUCCUCGCCUAAUGGAAUUGCCCUUUUCUUCCGGAUCCAAAAUGCACAGCCGUGGCCCCGUCACGGAAGCGGCUUCUCCGCAGGAGAGUGAGUUCAAAGGAGCUGGUCCUCCAGAGGAUAAGACUGAUCUGAAUGGAUGCAAGCCAGACGAAGAACGAGCUUCCAACGGCAAAUUUGCACUGUUGGCCAACUUGGAAGAUGAACUCAAGCAGGUUCCUGCUGAGAUGCUCCAUGCACAUUCCAACACAUCUUCCGGGGAGGCUGUGGAAAAAGAUUCUCCCGAAUCUCCCUUUGAGGUCAUUGCCGACAAGCUGGAAUUUGAUAAGGAAUUCAAAGAUGUGGUGAGCUCCAAGGACAUCGGGAGCAACUGGGUGAUCCAUGGCGAAAGGGAGCUGUUGACAGACAUUCCAGAAGACCGAGUUUGCGAGUUCCAGGCCAAGCCGCGUAGCAGUGGCCGGCUUCCUUCGGGACCAGGGCUCUCUCGCCAGUCUUCAGGCACGACUGCGGCCCUGGAGGAAGUCUCCAAAUGUGUCCGUGAACUGCACAGCUUCACCAAUGAGCUGCUUAACUGGGACUUAAUCCCCAAGGAUCUGGAAGACAAGACAGAUGACGUUAUCAGCUCGGGCUUUAAGGCCUCGCCCACUGAAAAGAGUGGCGGUAUUCCAGAACCCAUGGUGAGCCCUAGCGGUAUGGAAACCAGCAAAGCUUCUGCUCCUCAUCAGCUUGUGACAAUCAGCCUCCACCAGAAAGGCAAGCCAUCUCUACAAGUAGACAAGAAACAAGCCAUGGUUGGCCAAGGCGUAGCCGUGGUGAAAAGUGCUCCUCCGGAAGCCGUUGCGAUGAAAGCCGAGCCCUCUUGGCCAAAUCCAUGCUUGUCUGAAACAGCCGAUGCGGAUAGCUCUGGAGAAUCCGAUGACACAGUCAUAGAAGACGCUCCAGCAAACCUGGCAUUCCCGAAUAAGGCUGUGGUUGAGAAUUGCCAGGCCUUCUCCAAACUCACCAGCUCCUCUGAAGCAGAAAUUGUGUAUAUAGAUGACGAUGAUGAUGAUGAGGCCUCUGAUGAGCUUCUGGAAGACCAGAUGGCUUCCCAGUCUUUGGAAAGCCGUUGGAGAUUCACCGAUGAGUUCAAAGCAACCCAGGCUGAGUCUCAUGCUGCUAGGCAGCGACCGUCGGCUGCAUCCCAGCCCUCCAGAGAACCUGGUCCAAGUGCACCGUCUAAAGCCAAGCAGGUGUUCGAUGCUGGGGAACUGGGGGUACCGAGGAAGACUCCGAAGGCCGAAGGUCUUUCGAGAAAGACCCCUUUGGACAGCGUCAAAGGGGUGGUGUGCCCAGACGGGCUGGGCACGGAGAGUUUUAUGGACUUCAUGAAGGAGUGCUUAAAAUCCAAGGGGGCCGAAUCCCCUGAAGACACGGUGGAGAUGUUCUCGGAGGUGGAGCUGAAGGCCGCCCGCUCCCAAGGGGCAUCGCCCUACUUCCAACAGCCACCCCAAGCAAAGCAAGAUUUUGAACAGGAGCAUCUCACCAUCACAGCCCUCAAAGAGGCGGGGAGGAAAGCUGAGAUGGAGAGACCCACGCUAUUCUCUCCCCCUAGAGGGAGGCAUCCUGGACAGUACUGUGAGAUCCUGCCGGAGGCUACGGCAUCUGCUCCGAAGUCUGCCUUGGAGAAGAGACCUCUCUGCCUUGAGCAGGCCGUCGACGUGAUGCUGGCUCCCGCCAGCGUCGGCCUUGGGAAAACUUCCCAGCCUCUUCCACCCAAGCCGUCUGCACUACACACCUUUACAAAAUUACUGGCUGAAUUCUCAGUGCGAGAUCUGGUCUUCUGGAGGGAUGUCAAGAAGACAGGCGCCGUUUUUAGCACCACCCUGAUCUUGCUGCUCUCCCUGGCGGCCUUCAGCGUCAUCAGCGUCGUCUCGUACCUCAUCCUGGCUCUCCUGUCGGUCACCAUCUGCUUCCGGGUCUACAAAUCCGUCAUCCAAGCGGUGCAGAAAUCCGAGGAAGGCCAUCCCUUCAAAGCCUAUCUUGAGAAGGACGUCACCCUCUCCUCCGAGACUUUCCAUCACUACGUCAGCUCCGCCCUGGACCACGUCAACCACAUCCUGAAAGCCAUCCUGCGUCUCUUCCUGGUGGAAGACUUGGUGGAUUCGCUGAAGCUUGCGGUCGUCAUGUGGCUGAUGACCUACGUCGGGGCCAUUUUUAAUGGGAUCACCCUCCUCAUCCUAGGGGAAUUGUUGGUUUUCAGCAUGCCGGUCGUUUAUGAGAAAUAUAAG